GAUCCGGUUGGAACCGGUUGGACCGCGUCCGGCUCUAUAUAAAACUUUAUAAACACCCGAUUCAAAUUAGUGGGGUCUGGAGCCAGCGGAGCCAGCCCGGGAGGCAGCCCCCGCCGCACACCGCCCGUCACCCGCGUCCCACCGCCCGCACCCUUCCUUUCCCCCCCCCUCCCCUUUUCCCUCACCCUCCCCUUCCCCCCCUCCUUCCCUUCCCCUUCCUCCCCUUUCCCUCCUCCGCUUCUCGCCGCCGCCCCGGACCGAGCGCGCCCGGCUCCCCCCACCCCCUUCAUCCCUAUUUCCUCCGCCCCUUCACGCCGAGCUCCUCUCUCCUCACGCACACACGCAACACGCCCGCACGGAGCCAUGCCGAAGAGAAAGGCUGAAGGAGACGCCAAGGGCGAUAAGGCCAAAGUUAAGGAUGAGCCACAACGGAGAUCAGCAAGGUUAUCUGCUAAGCCUGCUCCGCCAAAGCCAGAGCCUAAACCUAAAAAGGCAGCUCCAAAGAAGAGCGAGAAGUUACCCAAGGGAAAGAAGGGGAAAGCUGAUGCUGGCAAGGAGGGAAACAACCCUGCAGAAAAUGGAGAUGCCAAAACAGACCAGGCACAGAAAGCUGAAGGUGCUGGUGAAGCCAAGUAAAAAUGUGUGAAUUUUUGAUAACUGUGUACUUCUGGUGACUGUACAGUUUGAAAUACUAUUUUUUAUCAAGUUUUAUAACAAUGCAGAAUUUUGUUUUACUUUUUUUUAAGCUAUGUUGUUAGCACACAGACCGCUUCGUUGUUGUGUUUUGGGGCUGGGGGGGGGUGGGAUGGGGUUGGGGGAGUGUGGGGACAAAUGUCACUUAGUCAAUUUCUGGAACCUAAAUUUUAAUGAAGAAAGUUUUCCUGGUCCCCCAGUUUUUGGAAGGAGGGCUUCUUCCUGACUAGAGGAAGGAUUCCUUCAUGCUGCACAUCUGUUCAGUUCUGUGAAGUGCAUCCCAGUGAACCUUUGUGCUCCCAAGAUGCCUGUUGCCAACUUCAAAACCAGUUUCUAAUGCCCUUUGGUUCCUUUCCUGUCCUUGUUGUUUGCCUAGAGCCUGUCACUCCAGAAUAUGGUGGGGAAAAAAAAAAAGGCAUUUUGGGACUUGCCACUCUAAAUGCAGUUUAGAAGUCUGCAAUCCAGACUUCUGAUGUCUAAUUGGGAUAAAGCAGCUCUGAAAGGAGCUGUGCUUCCUCUUUUCUAUUGUGGAUCUUCAGAUGAAGAAGCCUGCAUUUUAAUUUUUAUCUUUUUUUUCCCUCUAAAAGUCAGGGUAGGUUUGUGAAGAGUUGUUAAACAACAUGCUAUAAAUGUGAAAGUGUCCACCCUCACUCUAAACUUUUCCUUUUUCAAGUAUGAAAUGAAGAUUCUUCAGUUUUCUAGCAACUUUUAUGUUUUGGUAGUCCAUGAAGGGAGGGGGAGUUCAACAGUCGUUGUAAGAUGUUGCAGAUUGUAGCCCAUGUCCUGCCUAAAUUACCAUGAUUGUUUCUGAAAAGUACCUUUAAUAAAGCUGGAUACGGUUUGGCUUGGA